UGGGGUGGGCUAGACGGGCGCGCUCUCAGGGGCGGGGGGCAUGCCGUCCGGGGCCCGGCCGUCCGCGCGGGUGGGCUCGGAGCAGGCCGCACCGGGCAGCUACCCCACUCCCACCCGGAGCCCCCCUGCCCUCUUUCCCCCCUUACCCCCGGCCCAUGGUGCGAGGCUGGGAGCCGCCGCCCGGGCCGGACCUCGCUUUCUCUGAAGGGCAUACAUCAGAAAGCACCAUGCCUCCUAAUAAGCAGGCCAGCAGUCUUAACAGCUCACCGGCGGGUCUCAUCUGCCUCCCUCCGAUCUCUGAGGAGCUACAGCUCGUAUGGACCCAAGCAGCCCAGACCAGUGAGCUGGACAGCAAUGAACACCUGCUGCAAACCUUCAGCUACUUUCCCUACCCCAGUCUGGCAGACAUUGCCCUUCUCUGCCUACGUUAUGGGCUGCAGAUGGAGAAGGUCAAGACCUGGUUCAUGGCCCAGCGCCUGCGCUGUGGCAUUAGCUGGUCCUCUGAAGAAAUAGAAGAGACUCGGGCCCGCGUGGUCUAUCAUCGGGACCAACUCCAUUUCAAAUCCCUUCUCUCUUUCACUCAUCACGCAGGGCGGCCCCCAGAGGAGGUGCCUCCUUCCCCAAUGCCACACCCGGAACAAGUCGGUCUUGGAAUAGGUCCUUUGACUCCCAGUGUGCCCACUCAGGUGAAAGGACUGAAGGUCGAGCCUGAGGAGUCCUCUCAGAUACCACCAUUGCCACUAAGUCACCAGAAAGCAAAGGAGCCCUUGCCGACACCUGCCAGUGGAGCAUUCCCACAUCAAUCUGAUUUUUGGCAGGAUCUUCAAAGCAGUAGCCUCUGUAAGGAGCAGGCAGGUAGGGGUCCUGAGCAGCCACGUGCUGUGGGUACUGCUUCCUGGAACCACUCCACAGGUGUCCACCAGCCACAUGCUAGAGAUAAGCCCCCACCGGUCUCAUUACUCGCCAGUAGUUGUAAGGAGGAGUCAGCAUCUAGGGUGACUCCUCCUCCUUCCUCUACCUCUUCUUCCUCUUACCAGGUACUGGCUAAUGGAGCCACUGCCACCUCUAAACGCUUGCAGCCACUGGGCUGUGUCCCACAGUCACUGUCGCCCAGUGAACAGGCACUACCCCCACAUCUGGAGGCAGCCUGGCCCCAAGGGCUAAGGCAUAACUCAGUACCAGGUAGGGUUGGCCCCAUGGAGUAUCUCUCCCCAGAUAUGCAACGCCAGCGAAAGACUAAACGCAAAACCAAAGAGCAGCUGGCUAUCCUCAAAUCCUUUUUUUUACAGUGCCAAUGGGCACGACGUGAGGAUUACCAUAAAUUAGAACAGAUCACUGGUUUACCUCGUCCUGAGAUCAUUCAGUGGUUUGGUGACACACGCUAUGCCCUGAAGCAUGGGCAACUAAAAUGGUUUCGGGACAAUGCAGUACCUGGUGCCCCUAGUUUCCAAGACCCGGCCAAUCCUACACCACCACCAUCGACCCGCUCUUUGAAUGAAUGGGCUGAGACACCACCUCUGCCGAUCCCCCCACCCCCACCGGAUAUCCGACCCCUGGAGAGAUACUGGGCAGCCCACCAACAGCUGCGGGAAAGUGAUAUCCCUCAACUGAGUCAGGCAUCAAGGCUUAGCACCCAGCAGGUUCGGGACUGGUUUGACUCUCGAUUACCUGAGCCAGCUGAGGUUGUAGUUUGUCUAGAUGAAGACGAAGAGGAAGAGGAGGAAGAAGAAUUGCCAGAAGAUGGGGAGGAAGAGGAGGAGGAGGAAGAUGACGAGGACAACGAUGACGAUGAUGAUGUGAUCAUACAGGACUGAGGGGGGAGGGGAGGAUGGGGCUGGAGAUUGGAGAUGAACCAAUUUAGUAACUGUUUAAACAAAGAAAUCACCUCUUUUUAAUUACUUUGUGGCAAAGAACUGAAAAGCUCUCUGUUCUUCAGGGUGGGUGAGGGGCAUAUAGUGAGGGUGGGCCAGGGAAGAUGACCAGAGGACACAAAGGAAACCCAGGCCUCCAGCCUCACGGUAAAGACUACUAAGGAUCUGGCCAAAUGAUGGGCUGGGGGCCGGCUCUUGCUUUCCUGUAUCUGCUGUUUUUUUCCCUUAGUAUACUACAGAGAGGCCUGACCCUGGCCCCACAUCAGUAGGAGGGCUGCAAAGGAGGAGCAAGCAAUCCUGAUACAGUUGAUUCCAGGGCAUCCCCAGUCCCACCAUUUCCCCUAGAAUUCAAGGCCGCCUUGCAUCCUGCUUUUCUCGGAGUACAAGUCCAUGCGUCAGACAGCUAAGAUUCUCAAUAUGUCCCAGUCUCAUCACAAAUAAUUCCUCUUCCUCAUGCCCACCUGACAUUACCUUUCACCUGCCUCAUCGGUGAAAUCACACAGGUAGCGGAAUGUUCUCAUUUCCAACACUGGACCACUUUGCCUUGUACUUUUUAUCUCUUUCCAAAAUCCCCUCUCUGUUCUCUGUUUGUCUCAGGGUAAAUCUUCCCCCACAGAGUUUGUGGAAAAGUUUAAUAACAGUGGAGAAUAAUUUUGACUGGAUAUUUAUUGAGGUGGGAGUUAGGAGAGAAGUCCUUUUAAAACAGAAUCGUAAGGGUUGGAGGAGGGAUGGUUUUUUCUAGUCAAAGGGUGUUCCAUGGAAGUAGGUUCCAGGUUUGGUUUUACAAACCUGACACUACCUCCUGUCCAGCUUGACAGAGACUGGAUUUUCAUCUUUUUGCUAUAGGGUCAGUUUUUGUCCAGAAAAGAGGCUUUUCCUUCUCUUUAAAAGGAUCUGUCUUGGAGACAAAGGGACCAUUGUUUUUCAUGGAAUUUAUUAUCGAUGUUCUAGAAUGGUUUUCAUUGGUUGGUUCACAUAAAAAGCAAAUAACCAUCUAAAAAUAAGAUUGGAAGCCCCUGAUUGCUAGAAUAAUAAAAAGGCCAAACAUAAAACUGUUUCUCUCUUUGCCACUUCUAUGGUUUAGGAAUUAAUAGAACCAAAUCCAUUCAUGUUUUUAUAUUUUGAAGGGGCAGGUGUACAUAUGAGGUGAACUGAAUUUAAUUAACGAGGUCAAUUUAAUAAAAAACUUUAAAAGGCAGCAGGUUAGCAUCUAUCACCAGGCAGACGCUGCUUCCCAGCCGCCAGGUGAUAACGAUGAGGAUGUCUGAGGCUUCAGCAGUGACAGUCUUGGAGAUGACUCCAUGUGGCCGUUCCAGCAUUCUAGAGCUUGUAACAAUAGCGUUGCAAUAGACAAUAAGAAGGUAUCCUUUUCAUUUUAUUAUCUAAAUGCUUGAGUAAGCUGAAACCCUGUCUCCAACUGCUACUUUGACAAAGGAAAAUCAACACAUUUAAUAGUAAGUAGGCCUGGAAGAAACCCAGGUAAACAGAAAAGUGUAAUCAGUGAGGACAAAGACCAGAGUUGUUACUUGUUAACACUGGCAGUGAAACAAUGCAUCCAAAGCUAAAAAAUGAAACCCAGAAAUGAAACAUGGUUGAUGAGUUUAUUACCCCCACCCCCAGCUCAAGCAUGAUAGCAAGAAUGUUUUUAACAACCUUAGUUGGAAGUUAUAGAAAAUGAAGGGAGCUACAUUAUGUCUUCUGGGAGUGAUACAAAACUUUUCCUAAAGCCCUGGCCUUGCAUAAAACCUGGCCACUUUCCCGGGAGGUAACACAGGGUGUAUAGGGUACAGACAGAGAGAAAAGAUGCAGAAUGAAACCAGGAAACAAAGCGAGGGUCCAUUAUCCGAGGCCAUCUCCCCUAGUGGGUACAGGAUGCUCCAGUCCACCCUUCAGUAGUGCUGGCAGGCCAGAUCUUGAAGAUGCUCUAUCUCGAAGUGCUCCAUGCUUCAUUCCCCCUGGCUAAUCCCAUCUGCCUCUGUUGGUAUAGAGUCUUAGCAGGUAACAGGAAAGCAGACAUAAGUGUUUAUUGCAACAAAAGGGCAACUAAGUCCCUCUCAAAUCAUUAUACAGAAGCCACCACUGUUGCUCCCCCAUGGUUUUCUCUAUUACAUGAUAGCUAACUUUUCCAAACUUAAGAUUUGCUGUAUUUCAUUUGACAAAAGCUUUGUUGGUACUUAUGAAACUCUCUGGAACAUUUUCAUAGCUUAGGAUAAUAAGGCUAUUUAAAAAAAAACAACAACAACAACAACAACAAACUGUUUUGCAAGAUCUGGAAUGACUACCGCACCUAGGGAUGAUUACCAUGGAGACGGAAUUCUAAUACCUUGGAGGAGGUGGCACUUUCUUUAAUAACAAUUCUUAAAAGCUUUUAAUGGAAAUUUAAAGAAAAGAUACUGAAGUAGAUUAUUUCAACAAACUCAUGUACCCAUCACCCAGCUUCAACAAUUAACUCAUGGCCAAUCAUUUAAUUUCGCAUCCAUAAAUAUUUCAGCAUGUAUGUACAGAACAUAAAGGCUAUUAAAAAAAAAAAAAAACAACUUUAUCAGUGCCGGCGCUGUGGUGCAGUGGGUUAAAGCCCUGGUCUGCAGCGCCAGCAUCCCAUAUGGGCGCUGGUUCGAGUCCUGGCUGCUCCACUUCUGAUCCAGCUCUCUGCUAUGGCCUGGGAAAGCGGUGGAAGAUGGCCCAAGUGCUUGGGCCCCUGUACCCGCGUGGGAGACCUGGAAGAAGCUCCUGGCUCUUGGCUUUGGAUCAGCUCAACUCUAGCCAUUGCAGCCAUUUGGAGAGUGAACCAGUAGAUGGAAGACCUCUCUUUCUCUCCUCUCUGUGUCUACCUCUCUUUGU